AUGGCCCAAAAGGCCGGCCCACCCAGCGAGGCUUUCUUCCCCGAAGCGUGGUAUUUGUCUUUGCCGUCUGCGCUUUUCGUGAUUUGUCGCCUCGUGAUGGGUUUUGCCAAUGAUACUGCUUCCAGAUGUCGGUUCUGCAACGAACAGUUCGAUUGUUGGGGCGAGCAGCCAGUGUGCCGUAUAUGCCAUGCUUUCCUCUACGACUACGCCACUAGUGAUAUUCUCAGUGAUAUUAAGUCUUCGGAUGAGAAGGAGGCGUCUAAUGACAGCGGGACGGAGGAGCUAGAAUCGGAGACAGACCAAAGGAGGGACUCACACACCUCGUCCUUCCGAUGCAACACUGCAUCUAACUCUUCGCACAGUGUUUGUCCAUUUCAGCGGCACAUGGUACCUCCUUCGUGGCUGAACAAACGGUUUCCUUGCAUGCCUACUACGUCCAAUUCACCACCCAAUUAUACCCUAGAAAAAUUGCCCAAAGAGAUUCUUAUCCGUUUGUUUGACUACCUCGAUGACUUUUCCAUUUGGGGUCUUCGCCUUGCUUCCUCCCGACUUCGUGCAAUCAUUGACAGUGAAAUAACCGAAGCCAGAUGGGCCUCAUUUGUAGCUCAUCGAUGGCCAAUAUUUGUACCUCGUCAUCGGAUCUCUUCCUGGCGCCUCCUCUACCUCAAUAUGAUGGAUAGCGUCACGUGCAGUUUGUGCUUGUCCCGCAUUCACUUUCCCACCAUUUUCCCAAUAGAUAUUCCAGGAGUGCGGUUCCGUCGUAUAAUUUCCGAAAUACGCAGUCUCUGUGCGGACCCGCCAUACGGGAUUAAGGCGCUGGCUCUCGAUACGGACACCUACGCUCACUGUCUAGCCGGCAUUGCUGGUCCUCCUGCAUCUCCCUACGAGGGAGGCCUUUUCUAUGUCCAUAUCUUAAUUCCUGAUAGCCACCCAAUGCGCCCACCCGUAGUCAGAUUCCUCACACGCAUUCUGCACCCAAACAUCAGUUUCCAUGGCGAUAUUGGUUUGGAUUGCAUUCGACACAAUUGGAGUUUGGCACUUACUCUAGACAAAGUCCUCUUGAGUAUUCAAUCAUUGCUUACCGAGCCUUAUACAAAAGUUUGCAUGGAACCGGCAAUUGGUCGGCUAUACAACCAAAGUCGAGAUAAGUUUGAGAAGCUUGCCAAGUUGUGGACGUGGAAGUAUGCUUGUCACGAUUAUCUCUCAACCGACUUUGUCUCCCAACUUCCAAUCCCUGACUGCAUUGUCUAA